UGUUUUGGUCGCUCAUGCAGACAUACGGCGAAAGAGAAACUUUGGCAGUACAACGGACAGCGGAAGACAAAAUAUGCACAAAAUAACAAAACCCAAGCUGGUUAAGAUCAGAAGUGCCAACCAGUCCAAAAAAUACGGAAUUGCGGCUGUUAACCUGAAGGAGCUGGUUAAAAAAGGAUGUAAUUUACUAAAGGUGUCCAGCUCCGGAGUACAGGUUUGCUUGUACGAGGAUGGAACUGUAGUUACCGAAGAAUAUUUUCAAAAUCUUCCCGAUAACACAGAACUUGUUCUCCUGCCCGAGGGACAGAGCUGGAAUGGGCUAGUUCAUGAAAUAAAUCAGGUCCUGGGAUUGGACAGACACACAGACCUUCUGAUCAGUGCGGCAAAAGAUCUUCUGUCAGAUGAACAGUCUCCCAAACGGCGCAGAAUACUGGGAGACCUUCUGAGGAACCUGAGGGACAAUUCAGAGGUGGAGAGCAGAGAAGAAGACAAGGAAUGGUUUGAAGGGAUUGAUACCCGGUUUAAAACCAAGUCUGCUUACAUGAAGUAUAACUGUGAGAGCAGAAUCCGAGGAUAUUUGAAAGAGGUUGAUGGAUAUACGCGGACUAUUCCAAAUGCCAAGACAAAAAGUGAAUAUAAAAAGGUGGUGGAGAUCUUGGCAGAGAAACUGAAGGCUGCACGAUUCAACGGCACCUAUUUUGACAGAUCGGAGAAGGAUGUCCACAGGCUCUGCACUGAAGAGGGCUGGUUCUCCUGCCAGGGUGCCUUUGAUGAGAACAAGUGCACAUUUCUCCACUCAAUAAACCCGUAUGGGAACCGCGAGAGCAGAAUCCUCUUCAGCACCUGGAAUCUGGACCACCUGAUAGAAAAGAAGAGGACUGUGAUCCCUGCACUCGCUGAGGCCCUGAACGGUAAUAAGAGCGGAGAUAUAAACGUGGAUUAUUUCUACAAACUGUUGUUCACAAGAGAGAAUCUCAAGCUGGUUCACAUCGUCUGCCAUAAGAAAGGGGCCCAUGAGCUCAGCUGUGACUCCCGAAAAAUCUACAAGCGGGUCAGGAGGACUGUGAAAUGAAAGGACAUCCAUAAUCCUCUUAUGAAAUAUGCAGCAUAGUGUGAGCUUCUCAGGGCAAUUUCUUAUUAUUGUUAGGUUAUAUUGUGCUUCAGGUCUGAACAUUUUUAUUUCUUGAUUUUUAGUUUUACACAAAUGUUUGUACCAAAGCAACAUUUAUGUUUAAAUUAUGUGAAUGCUGAACUUCUUCAGGGUUUUAUAAGUGACUGAUUUUAUAUUUGUUCAUUGUCAUUUUUACUAAAAGUCUUUGAAAUGAGUCUCUGGUUCAUCGUUCUUUCCAGUUCCAGCUUUCAGCCAGAAGCCAGUGAUUUAUCAUCAAAAUCUUGUAUCAUCAGCUAUCGGAAACAUGUGUGGGAACAGGAUGUGUUGUACAGCAAA